UUUACUAAUUUGAGCAAUGGACUCUAUAUUUGUGGAUAUUUGUCGAACAAUUUAAUUUAAAAAAAACACGCGCUAUAAAAUGAGCUAUGGUUUCCUGCACCAAAAGAGGAAAAAACUACGGUUUUGACUCUUUGAGUCAAUUUGCUGUAGAUGCGCUUCACGAAACAAGGUCAUUAAUUUUCAUGGCGGCGACCAAAUUGCUUACAGUCUCCAUAGCACUCACGGCGCUUUCUACAUUAGCAGCAGCCAUAGGUGUUGGAUUUUGGAGAAGAAAGACAACGGCUGACAAGGAGAAAAUCCGAGAGUUGGAAAUAUCUUUGAAGGCUGCGUUGCAAAAAUGCGGUGCUGAGAGGCAAGGCCGCAUUAGAGCUCAACAAGCAUUGAGGAAAGCAACCUCAAAUAAUUCUAAUAAUUCAUAUCCUUUGGCACCUAUUGCAAUCACUCGGUCAUGCUUCUCCACAAGGAAUGGGACUCCAAGGCAACCUUUGAUUGUACCUCUUGCUAGAGCAUGUCUAGUAUUUGAUCCAACUCGAGUUCCACCCGCAUCUCUUGAGGGUCUCGAAGGCUAUUCUCACUGUUGGAUUAUCUAUGUCUUUCAUCUAAAUACGGAUCUUGACAAGUUAUGGAAGCAUCCAUCACAGUCUAAGUUCAAGGCAAAGGUAAGAGUACCAAGGCUGAAAGGAGAAAGGAUGGGGGUCUUUGCGACAAGAUCUCCUCAUCGUCCAUGCCCUAUAGGCCUCACUGUCGCAAAGGUUGAUGUUGUGGAUGGCAAUAAAGUUUUCAUUUCUGGUGUUGAUUUAGUUGAUGGAACUCCGGUUCUUGAUAUUAAGCCAUAUCUUCCAUACUGUGAUAGCAUCUCUGGAGCAAUGGUCCCCGAUUGGGUAAAGGUGGAUAAUAUGUUAGCUGUAGCAUCUGUUAACUUCUCUCACGACUUCUCUGCCUCUCUAAACCAUUGUUGGUCAAGAAUAACAGAGAAGAAGAAGAAGAUAUCACUUUAUACAUCUCCUACUGAAUUUCAAAAUUUAAUUCAACAAGUGCUGUCAUGGGACAUACGAUCAGUAUCUCAGAGACUUCGGCCUCAUAAGACUGAAAACAGCAGCAUGAUCUCUCAAAAUUCAGACUGCCAAGAUAAUGUGAUGCUUGAAGAUGAUGAUAGCCAAGAGGCACUUCAUUUUCCUGAUGAUAUUGUUUACCACCUUAUUUUGGAAGGCCUUGACAUCUCCUACAAAAUUGACUGUGACGGCAAUGUUCAUGUUGAAAAGAUUGACGUUGCCAUUCCAAUCUGAAGAAACUUAAGCAAUUUCAUGACAAGAGAAAGCAUGUUGGUUUGUCGUACUGCAUUAUCAGCUAGUUAAAAUUUUCAUGUUGUACUUUUAUCCGCUGCAACAUGAAUCAUGUAGGUACGGCUGAUCCAAACCAACCCUUUUUUGGAGUUUUACCAUCCUGGCUUCUGCAAUAUUCGUUUCCUUGUGCAGCUAUCAGAUAAUUGAUCAGGGUAGUAUUUACUGCACACUAGCAUCAAAGAAUCAUACAUAUCAACUAACUGCAGAGAUGAGUGAAGAAUCUGUAAUGUGCUUAAGGUAGAAGAGUUGAAGUAUGUUACCUUAUCUUCCAUUUAUCGAAGUGAUACCUUAGAGAGUUACAUAAUCUGCAGUUUGAUCCUUUUGUCCUAGAGCUGGCGAUUAGAUCCAAAAUUCGUCAGUGAUGAAGUGUAAAAUUGCUUAUCUUCACCUAGAUAGUGUUUGUAGCCGACUUUAACAGAUGAUGAAAUUUUAUUUGGUAUGAUUCUGCUCUGUGCA